UUUAAGGACUUCGUUUCAUUUCACUUUAGGUCUACAAAUCUUGAUUCAUGGACUCCAGAGCAGUUGAAGAUCAUGAGUUUUGGGGGAAACAACCGUGCGCAAGUCUUCUUUAAGCAGCAUGGAUGGACUGAUGGAGGAAAAAUUGAGGCCAAAUAUACUUCAAGAGUUGCUGAUUUAUAUAGGCAACUACUUUCAAAAGAAGUUGCUAAAAGCUUUGCUGAGGAGGCGGGUUUGCCCUCAUCUCCUGUUGCUUCUCAGUCAGCUCAUGUAUCUAAUGGACUACCUGAUGUCAAGAUUAAUGAAAUCUCAAAAGAAAAUUCUUGUGAAAAGCGUAAAACUCCUGAAGUGACUGUAUCACCUAAAGCUUCUACUCAUACAGUUAUUAACACCACUGUUAAGAAGCCUUUUGGCGCAAAGAAGACUAGAAAGACAGGAGGGCUUGGAGUCCGACGGUGGGCUCUGGCUUGGUGGUGUGACGGUGGGCUCGGGCUUGGUCGCAGGUGAUUGCCGCUGCAAGUGCUGCUGCAAGCCUGCAAUUUGUUACUGCCGCUAGAAAGUAGAAACCCUCGCAAACCGCCGCUGCAAGUCGGUUGUCGGACCUGUUACUGCCGUGACUGUUACUGCUGGACGGCUGGACUGCUGCAAAAUCAACGCUGCCGCCGUAGAUGAAUCUCACUGCCGUCACUGGUCAUCGUGAAUCUCCGUGGUCGCUGUGAAUCAUCGUCAGACGCCGUAGGUGUGGCCGCCGCAUGUGGUCGGUUGGGUGUGAGGGCUGAGAGGAGGGAAGGGUUAGAAUGAAAAUGGGGUCGUUCUAACCCUAAGCAUGUAAGAUUUGGGGUCGGGGAUAUGGUAGUCAUUUAAUUUUUUAUUUUUUU